AUGGAACAUGCUAACAUCUUAGGUCAAUUGACAGCCGUCACCAACGAUCUUGACCAAUUUGUUCCGCUGGGAGUUUUGUUUCUGUAUGACCGGCCCAGCUUGGUCACAUACGGUCUAACUGCUCCAGACGGGUGGUCUUGGCUGGAGCUGCCUUAUCAGGGGGACGUUGAGUUGUUUCCCGGUGUAUGGCUCAGUCCGUUGCUAAACGAUUUGAAAUAUCUGAACUAUAGAGGCCACUUGCGGGUCACCUACUUAACUCUUCGGUCGACUGUCACUAUCUUAAGAGUGUACGUUCUUCCCCAGGACAAUGAACAGAGCGACUUGAUCGAGCAUUUCCGCACGAAUUUCGUUGGAGCUAGGCGGGUUGCCACAUGGCACGAGAAACAGUACAACAAGAUCAUGACCAAUCUGAUUAGAACACUGGAUUAUAGCGAGUCUGCGUGGAAUAUCAAGUCAGAUCGGGAUUUCGUAGCUCAUGUCAGAUCACACCAAGUUUUGUUGUUUAGUUCAAUGAGUCGCCAGAAACCAGCCGGAUUCAACAAACUGGGCUCCUCCCUCAUUCAAGAAUCUAUCCAUUACCAUAUCAAGAGACUACUGAACCGAGAUUCGUAUACAAAGCAUCAAGAGCACUCGGUGAGUAAUGAUCCCGAAGCGAGACUUAUAAGUAUCUACAGCGGCUUAAACUCACCGAAAGUUGCAUACGAUCGCAUGGAACACGAUCAUAGAGAAUUGAUUAACGACAUUCUGUUAGGGAAAAUACCGGGAAUGAAGAGCGAGCUGUACAACUACCAAAGACGAAGUGUUGCAAAAAUGCUCGAGAAAGAACUUGUUGUGAAACCAGUUCUUGCACCUGAUCUGCUUGAAUUCAGCAGAAAUGGCAGAACAUACUAUCUUAGCUUGAAGGACUUUGUGUUCACGAACAAGCCAAGUCUUUACUCGACCCCUAGAGGUGGCAUCUUGGCCGAGGAAAUGGGAUUGGGAAAGACAUGUAUCUGUUUAGCACUUAUAUGUGUUUCCAAGUACCAGGUUUCCGAGAUCCCAGACAGACAGCUCUCGUUUUCGCGAAGCAGACGUGUUCGCAGUUUGCUAGAGACCUGUGCGCGGUUCAUCAAUCAGAACUCGAUUGAAUGGAAGCAGUAUUACAACGAGCUACCACAAACCUGUGUGCGAAAACUAGAGGAGAAUCUCGGCAGCUUUGAGGUUUCUGAGUUCAAAAUCCCCAACUACACUACUCGGUUCAAUCAGCUGGCUACCAUGGAAACCACUCAGCUGUAUCUCUCGUCGUGCAGUCUCAUUGUCGUUCCUGAUAACCUGUUUCAUCAAUGGAAAAUAGAGAUACGGAAACAUGUCCAGGACAAUUAUUUGAAGAUUCUAGAGAUCCAUGGACAGGCUGAGCUGCCAAAAAGUGUUCAUGAGAUUGUCCGCUACGACAUACUACUGGUCUCUCUCAACUAUUUCUCCAGACAGGCAGAAAAACAGGACUCGAUCUUAAGAUCAGUCUACUGGAAGCGACUAAUCAUUGACGAAGGACACUCGAUGAACUCCAAGUCCACACGGGCCGUGCUUCUUGCUAAGCAGCUGGCCGUCGAGCGCAAGUGGACAAUAACAGGAACACCCACGUCGGGUCUUACAAAUUUACAUGUUGAGGAAAAGGAAGUAGAGUACACGGUCAAGAGGAAAUUUAGUGCGCGGGACGACCUGGUCAAGCUAGGGGCCGUGGUUUCGAAUUUCCUGAAAGUGAGGCCGUGGAGUGAUGAUAGCAAGCUUUGGUUGAAUACGGUUAUCAAGCCAUUUGAGGGAAAUAGUGUGAACGGAGACCAUCAAUUAAGACGGAUUCUGCAGGAUCUACUCGUUAGGCACUCCGAAAAAGACGUGGAGGUGGACAUUAAGCUUCCAAAGCUUGUGCAUCAGCCGGUUUUCCUCAAACCUUCGUUUUUCGACAAGUUGUCGAUCAACCUAUUUAUUGCUGUCCUUGCAACCAACGCAGUCACAUCCGAGAGAACAGAUAAAGACUACAUGUUUCACCCGUCAAACAAGACUGUUUUGCGUCGGCUGGUGAACAACUUGCAAAAAGCCACGUUCUACUGGACCGGGUUUUCUAUUCAGGACAUUGAGAAUCUGCUAAGUAUUUGCAACUAUGCCAAAGAGUCCAAGAACCCAAACUACUCCGAUAACGAUAUCAAGCUUCUAGACAACUCUGUGUACACUGCUAAGGUUGCGCUGAGCAAUUCUCGCUGGCGUACAAGCUGUAGUGUUCACGAGAUGAGCUACUUCAUAGCCAACUUGCCCCAGAUGUUCCAUAAAAGCAUGUCGGUUGCAAACUACGAGCACCAGCUGGACGAUUUCCGCAACCCUGUUGGUGUUUACGGCUAUCCGCAACUGAACUCGAUCCAGAAGCUGUUUUAUAAGAACAGACUGGUUAGCAAUGAAGUCGAUUUCCAAACGAAGCUAGACGAAACGUCCAAACAGUUUUGGAUCCGGUACUGGAACUCUAACGAUUCAAGAGAAAUUCGGAAAAAAGCGCCAACCAGAGUCUCUAAUCAGGACAGCAUUGAUCUCGAGAGCGUCAAGCUGAUCAACAACGAGCCCAAAUGGAAAGACGACUUUGAUCCUGCCAAGGAGGAAAGAAAGAUUCUGUCGUCGUCUCUGAAACGAAGCUCGAGACCCGCCCAGGAAUACUUGAUGCGGUCGCCAACCAAAAGAAUCAAGUUCAUUCCAUCAGGAAGGUCUGUUUCUAUGACUCCCGACCCGAUCAUUCCUGCCGGCAACUUUGCUUCCAACCUGAGACAGGCCCAUAUUCUUGGGACUGCUUCCGUGAAGUUGUCGUACUUGACGUCGCGUUUGCUGGAAAACCAGUUUCUGGGCAUCAAAUCGCUGGUGUUCUACGAGUUCGAAAACAGUGCGUACUAUCUCACAGAGCUGCUCGAUCUAUUAGGAAUGAAUUAUAUGAUGUAUUCGACAUACGUCAAGAUUGCAGAGCGAUCCAACAACCUGACGAAAUUCGAUCUUUGGGACACGUCCACGAAGGGCGGCAUUGCGCUGGUGAUGGAUGUCAAGCUCGCGUCUCAUGGCCUCACCAUCAUCUCUGCGACCAACGUGUUUUUCAUCAACCCGAUCUGGAACAAAACCAUGGAAGCACAGGCCAUCAAACGGUCGCACAGAAUCGGCCAGACCAAAGAGGUGCAUGUGGAGACGCUCAUUCUGGAUAACACCAUCGAGAAAGAGAUGUACCAGAAAAGAAGUCAGGAUAAGGACGAGGAGGGGAAGGAACUGAUUGAUAAUUCGGGAAUGCAGGAGUAUAUUAUGCGAUUUGAGUUCUUGAAGCUGUUUGAACAGUUUGACCAGGAAUAUGAACCUGUGCGCUCCAAAACCACGAUGAAGAUGGAUCUGGGAAACGAAAUAGACGAGUUCGACGACGGUGUUCGGCUGCCUGGAGUGCAAAGUUCGGUCUUGCACAAAACUCGAACAUGGAAGCUACCUUUGUUCACAGAACAAAGCUUGCUCAGAACCACCGAGAACGAGUCCAAGUUGAAGGACGAGAUGAUCGACAUUUUCAAGACCGAGUUCGAAACCAGUGAAGAAAAAACGGACUCGGUCAAGCUGUUCAGUAAGCUCAAAGUCCGGAGAAGAAGUGUUCGGUUCGGAUGA